UCGUAUUAUCCACCAUCUCUGUCUCUCUCUCUCUCCUCCUUCCCUGUCCUGUCUGUCUGUCUGUCUGUCUGUCUCGCUUUCUCUCUCUCCCAAAAAGUUUUCAACUUGCGAUCCAUUUCUCCCAAUUCGUCCAUGCCCAUUACCGUACCUCCUCCUCCCUUCAAGAAGCUAAAAUUAUCGAUCCGUUCUGGCCCUCUCUCUCCCUAUCUGGGUAGCCCAGAUUCUUGAUCUUCGUUUGAAUUUGUUAGGGUGUGAAUAGAGUAGGCGGGGAAAGAUGAUGAAGAUGACGAUUGAAGGGAUGAUGGACAGAGGGGUGUUGGAGGACAUAAUAAGGAGGUUGUUGGACGGCAAAGGAGGGAAGCAAGUCCAAUUGUCCGAGGCCGAGAUCCGGCAGCUGUGCAUCAACGCCCGCCAAAUCUUCUUGUCCCAGCCCAAUCUCCUCGAGCUCCAUGCUCCAAUUCGCAUCUGUGGUGAUAUACACGGACAGUACCAAGAUUUGUUGAGGUUAUUCGAGUACGGAGGCUAUCCUCCUGCCUCGAAUUAUCUCUUCCUUGGAGACUAUGUUGAUCGUGGCAAACAGAGUUUGGAGACAAUAUGUAUGCUUCUAGCUUACAAGAUAUUGUACCCGGAUAAGAUCUUCCUCUUGCGGGGGAACCAUGAGGAUGCGAAGAUUAAUCGUAUAUACGGGUUUUACGAUGAGUGCAAGAGGAGGUUCAAUGUUAGGCUCUGGAAAAUGUUCACCGACUGCUUUAACUGUUUGCCCGUAGCCGCGCUCAUCGACGAGAAGAUACUUUGUAUGCAUGGGGGUCUCUCUCCAGAGUUGCAAAAUUUGGAUCAAAUAAAAGAAAUUGAGAGGCCUACUGAUAUUCCGGACACGGGCCUCCUCUGCGAUCUGCUUUGGUCUGACCCUAAUCCUAGCACUGCAGGAUGGACAGAUAGUGACCGUGGAGUCUCGUGUACUUUUGGGGCUGAUCGGGUUGCUGACUUCUUGGACAAGAAUGACCUUGACCUUAUCUGCCGAGGACAUCAAGUUGUGGAGGAUGGAUAUGAGUUCUUUGCUAAGCGGAGGUUGGUGACGAUAUUUUCAGCUCCAAACUAUGGCGGGGAGUUUGACAAUGCAGGCGCCUUGCUGAGUGUCGACGAGUCUUUAAUGUGCUCUUUUGAGAUACUAAAACCACUUGACAACAAGGCAUCCUCGAGCAAAGUAACUCUUAAGAAGCCUCCGAAACUCGGGAAGGUGUGAUAUGGAUUGGGAGGUUUCCUUCAAGUACUUCUUCAACUUCAAGCCCAAGAAAUAGCAACCUUGGUAUGACCUUGCAUGUAUUUACUCUUCAGUAGAUUCCAUUGGCAAAGAGGAAGCCUUCUUGCUUCAGCAAUCGCCGUCUUCCAAAUACAUGGACGUGUGGUGGCGCUCAUUAUUGAUGUAAGUCUUUGUACAAUCUGUAAAUCAAUCAACACAUGCUAAUUGCCGUGCAAGUCUGGAAAUUUUUCCUUGUUCGCUUCUUAGAUUUCUCCUCAAGGUUUUCUGUUUGGAAGCACAAACAGAGAGUGCAUUUGGGUCGAUCUUGGUUUGGCAUUUUUCUUUGUCUGUGGAAUGUCAGCUUGUUUUCUUAGAGUUUGUAGAUUGGCUCUUCAAAAGAGCUUUUUGUAUCUAAACCAGUGGAUUCAUUCACCUUUUGACAGUAGUAGCUCUAGUUUCAACCA